AUGACGGAGAUCACCAUCGACGACCAUCACUUGGAGAGUUUCAAGGACAGUGUCGUCUUGAUAACAGGCGGUGCCUCCGGCAUCGGUCUGGCCACGGGUCUGCUGGCAGAGAAACACGGCGCGAAAGUGGUGGUCGGUGACCUCAACCCGCUGCCCAAUGACGAGAGCAUCGAAGGCAAGAACAUCCUAUACCUACCGCUCGACGUGACGUCCUGGGAGUCGCAAUCAGCGUUCUUCAAGAAAGCGUAUGAGAAGCAUGGCCGGAUCGACCACGUCUUCGCAAAUGCUGGCGUGGCACCGAAAGCCAACUGGCUCGACGAGAUCGUUGACGAAGAGAGCGGCGAGCUGCAAGAGCCGGACUACAACAGCUUCGCCAUCAACCUGAGGGGCACCAUGAACACGGCGUGGCUGGCGCUGCACUACAUGAAGAAGCGGCAGCAGCCGCCCGGCGGUAGCAUCCUCAUAACUUCGUCCGUAGCAGGCAUCAUCGGCUUCCCCGAGCUCGACUACAGCGUCGCCAAACACGCCAGCCACGGCCUCGCCCGCUCCCUCGCCGUCAACCUCCGCCGCGUCCCCUCCCAGGCUUUCCCCUCCAUCCGCGUCAACUGCCUCGCGCCCAGCUGGACCGUCACGUCCAUGGUCCCCGCUGCUGUCGCCUCCCUCGGCGCCAACAUGCAAUCGCCUCAAGCCGUCGCGCGUACCGCUGCCCUGCUACUGGCGGAUAAGUCGCGGCAUGGCGAGACGGUGUUGGUGCAUGGGGGCAGAAGUGUGGAGAUUGGAAGGGGCAUGCAUGAGGGCGUGGUGAAGUUGGAGCCGAGGUUGGAGGGAGGCGAGUGUUUGGGGGUUCUCUUUGAGGGGAUGAAGGAUUGGGCGACGUUUGAUAAGGGGAGGGAGGACGGGGAGGGGAAGUAG